AUGGAGCCUCUUUUGUUCUCAGUGUGUGUCAUCGUCCUCACUCUGCUUUUCUUCUUCAGUGCUUGCAGCUCACAGGCAAAGUCCCAUGGCAAACGCAAUGGGAAGCUUAAGCUUCCACCUGGCAGUCUUGGGUGGCCCUUCAUCGGAGAAACCUACGACUUCCUCUUCUCCGACCCUCACCAGUUCAUCAAACUCAGAAUGCAAAAGUACUCUCCCAAAAUCUUCAAAACCAAUCUCCACGGCCAACCCACCGCCGUCCUCUGUGGCACUUCCGGUCACAAGUUCAUCGCUGCAAAUGAAGAAAAGCUCAUGACCGCAUGGCGCACCACCGCCAUGCAGAAACUCUUUCGAGGCAAGGAUCGGACAAAUUCAAGCGACGGAGCCACCAUUUCUCGGAGAUCUGAGAAGCACGUGAUUCGAGCGCCGGUGCUGAUAAGCCAGGAAGCUCUGGUGGCUUAUGCUUCGAUCAUAGAUGGCAUGACGAAGAAGCACUUUGAGAGGAAGUGGUUUGGGAAAUCAGAGGUUGAGGUUUAUGGGCUGAUCGAGCUUCUUACAGUGGGGAUAGCCACCAAACUGUUCAUAGGUCUUGAAAGUGACGUUGAACGUUUGGCUAAGAUGGCAAAGUGGUUUGGCCAUAUCGCACAUGGCCUCAACGUUCUUCCUUAUGAUAUUCCAGGGACCAAGUUUGGUCGAGCCAUGAAGAGUGCAAAAGCUGUAAAGCAUGAGAUUUUGAAGGUGAUGGAAGAGAAGAGAGAAAGGAUUUGUAAAGGGGAAAAGCCUUCAGAUAUAUUGUCGUUUCUGAUGCUUUUAACUCUGCCUCCGUCGCUUUGA